AUGAAGAGUGUUUAUAUUGAAAAGAACUCUAAAUCUUGCAAAACUCCAUUUACACCACAAGAAGAUGAUAAACUAUCAAAGCUUGUUAAGUUUUUUGUGAAAAAAAGUGCAAUAAAUUGGCAAUAUAUUUCCCAACAAAUGGAAACCAGAAGUGCUAGGCAGUGCAAAGAUCGAUGGACAAAUUACCUUGAUCAGAGAAUAAAUCACGCAGAAUUUACCCCAGACGAAAAUCAUUUUAUUCUCAAAAAAGUUAAUGAAAUUGGUAAAAAAUGGAGAAAGAUCGCAGCACAAAUGAAGAAUAGAACUGAUGUGUCUGUUAAAUCCCAGUAUAGAAAGUUAAUGAGGAGAAACGCAAAUGUUGAUAAUGUUUAUACAUUGUGCAUGGAUAAUUAUUGCACUAGAAGAAGAAAGAAAUCUCAAUCUUCUGAUGAAAUCACUCCUCAAAAUAUUUUAACUCCAGAGCAAUUUGAUGAUUUAUUCAAUAGUUUUGAAUUGACUACAGACUCAAGUUUUACUCUUCAGUGGAUUUGA